AUGCAAUCUAUUUCGGUUCUUGCCGUUCUCGCACUUGCUUUUAGCUGCACAUUAGCUCUUGAUGUUACACUCAAUCAACAUUGGAAAUUAUGGAAAGAAGCUCAUAGCAAACGUUAUUUAGAUGCUGAAGAACACGUUCGUCGUGCUACAUGGGAAAGUAACUUAAAAAUCGUUCAACAACAUAAUCUUCAAGCUGAUCUUGGUGUACACACACAUUGGCUCGGAAUGAACAAAUAUGCUGAUAUGACCAUCAGUGAAUUCGUUAAAGUAAUGAACGGUUACAAUGCUACAAUGAAAGGACAACGUGUCCAAGACAGUCAUACAUUCACAUUCAACCCAAGUCUUACCGAUUUACCAGAUACCGUUGAUUGGAGAGACAAAGGUUAUGUAACUGGUGUUAAAGAUCAAGGACAAUGCGGUUCAUGUUGGGCUUUCUCAUCAACUGGUUCACUCGAAGGUCAACACUUCAAAGCAACUGGCAAACUCGUUUCACUCUCCGAACAAAAUUUAGUUGAUUGUUCAGGUAAACAAGGAAACAUGGGUUGCAACGGUGGUUUAAUGGAUCAAGCUUUCGAAUACAUCAAAGAAAACAUGGGUAUUGAUACCGAAGAUUCAUAUCCAUACAAAGCCGUUGAUGAUUCAUGUCAUUUCGAUGCCAAAAAUGUUGGUGCCACAGAUACUGGUUUCACUGAUAUCACAUCAAAAGAUGAAAAAGCUCUUCAACAAGCUGUUGCCACUGUUGGCCCAGUUUCAGUUGCCAUCGAUGCUGGUCAUACAUCAUUUCAAUUAUACAAACACGGUGUCUACAGUGAACCAUUAUGCUCACAAACCCGACUUGACCAUGGUGUUCUUGCUGUUGGUUAUGGUGCAGACUCUGGCAAAGAUUACUGGCUCGUCAAAAACAGCUGGGGUGAAGGUUGGGGAGAUCAAGGUUAUAUCAAAAUGACACGUAACAAACGCAAUCAAUGCGGUAUUGCCACAGCUGCAAGUUAUCCACUUGUUUAA